AUGGUUUCCUCGAAAGAGCACGUGCCAACAGAUCAACUGAGGAGAGAAGAAGACGUCACCACAAGCGUGGAAACGACUCUGAACCAAUUCAUCGACGAGGGAAUGAGCAGAGAUUUUCUUGACGAAGUGAUGACACUGCAAAAUUUGCCUAUUCCUGCCUCCAUUGCCAAUGAGACGAAGGUGACCGAGUUCUUGCCGGCUUCAGGGAAUUAUUUCGAAUUUCUAUCCGGAAAGGAUGGCCACGACCGGAACCCGAUCGGAGGGUCCUCGCAGAUUAUUGCACAGCUUCCACCCCAACUGAUCUUCGCCCCGGUUGCCGAACUCACCCCCAGUGGCUGCUCGUUCCAGGACAACAGGGUAAUUCCAGUUGCAAGAAAGCUUACCAUCGGAGGAAAGGCAGAAGUGGAUAAAAAUAGCCCAGAAUAUAGGGAGAAACGCAAUAAGAACAACGAAGCAGUGAAAAAAUCAAGGCGCAAAGCAAAAGAACGGGAGAAUGAAAUCAAGGAGACGAACAAAAUUCUUAAGGAUGAAAACGAGCAGUUGAAAAAAGUAUUAGCCUAUUUGAAGGCAGUUGUUGAUAAAUACCGUGGUUCAGUAAAAAUCAAUGACCACGAAUUUCAAAUGCCUCCUUCGUUCUCUGGCAUGUAG